AUGUUUAUUUAUUUAUUCUAUCUAUCUAUCUAUCUAUCUAUCUAUCUAUCUAUCUAUCUCAAUCUACAACAUCACUUGAUAAAACACCAAAAUGUUUUUGCUUAUCGGAAUUUUAUUCCAUCUAUACCAACCUUGUAUUUGGAUAUCUAUCUAUCUAUCUAUCUAUCUAUCUAUCUAUCUAUCUACGUUUGUUCACAUAUUUUCAUCGUUUCUUUUUACUCCUCCUUGCAUAUUUUCUCCUGCUGUGCGAAUUGUUUCGCCGCGGAUUAUUCCUCCUUUUGUGAAUUAACUUUGCUAACGGUUUCUUCUGAUUAUGUGUUAGCCGAAAAGCUCAGAAGAAUGCCUUCAUGCAUAUUUAAAUCUAACUAUCUAUCUAUCUAUCUAUCUAUCUAUCUAUCUAUCUGUCACUCCUCUCUGCUUUUUUCUUGGCUUAGAGCGUCAAUGUUCCAAGAUGGCCUUCACAGCCGUCUUGACGCUUCUAGCUUUCCCGCCAUUCAGAAAAGCGUUUGCCACUGA